UCCCGGAGCCAGCGGUCCAGACGGCGGCGCCGCGCGGGGGGCCGGGAUCGGGCGGCUGGAGGCUGCGAGGCGGGAGGCAGCGGAGGAAGCGGAGGACGUCCAGAGCCCCGAGCGCACCCCAGCCUCGCUCGCAGCCCGGAGCUCGGGGCUCAGCGCCCUCCCGGCCCGCGUCCCCGCGCGGCCACAUGGCUUCUCUCCGCGCGCGGCUUUCCUGCCUGCUGCUCUUGCACUGUGCGCUCUGCGCCAACGCGGGCAGCAGGACCCCAGAGUUGCUCUUCUCAAGAAAGCUCAGUGACUAUGGUGUGACAGUGCCCUGCAGCACAGAUUCUCAGGGACGCUUCCUCUCCCACGUGGUAUCUGGGCCACCAGCAGCCUCCUCAGGGAGUACAGAGGUGGACAGACCACCCGCACCACUGUCACACUCCGGUCACCUGCGGGUGGCUCGAAGCCCACUGCGCCCCAAAGGAGUGACCUUGCAGCCUGGCAGGGGGGGGCGCUCCUCCCUCUACUUCAACGUCACCGUUUCUGGGGAGGAACUGCACUUACACCUGCGGCCCAACCGGCGGCUGGUGGUGCCCGGAGCCUCGGUGGAGUGGCAGGAGGAUUUUCGGGAGCUGUUCCGUCAGCCCUUGCAGAGGGAGUGUGUCUACACUGGCGGUGUCACGGGCAUGCCAGGGGCAGCUGUCGCCAUCAGCAACUGCGACGGAUUG